UCUACAUUUCUCCUAUCCACCAAAAAUCAAAAUUUACCUCUCUCUUUAACUGCUCCAAGAUUCAGCUUGCCAUUCUCGUUGAAAUCAUUUUAAUAGUAGCAUAAACAAACCGAUUCGAAAACCAACUGGGCCGAUCAGUGAUCACAGAACAAAAGAUGGUAGAUCGAUUUUGGAUUGGUUUUCUCCUGGCGCUUAUAUGUCUUGUACAAGUUUUAGAUGCCAGUGCUGGUGAUGUUGAUCCAGUCUACAGGACUUGUGUUGGACAGUGUGAAAAAACUGGAUGUGUGGGUCAAAGAUGCUUUUCGCAUUGCAAAUUUUCUUCAGAUGGCGUCUCAAUUGAUGGUCCAUGGUACUUGCAAGAACCUCUUUACUUGAAAUGGAAACUUUGGGAUUGCCAAAGUGGCUGCCGUUAUCACUGUAUGCUUGACAGAGAAAAGGAAAGAGAAGCAGUAGGUCAUGGUCCUGUUAAGUACCAUGGUAAAUGGCCCUUCCAGCGUGUAUAUGGAAUUCAGGAACCUCUCUCGGUGGCUUUCUCUGCACUCAACCUUGCAAUGCAUUUUCAUGGCUGGCUUUCAUUUUUCAUUCUUCUUAAAUAUAAGCUGCCAUUGAAACAAGAUAAGGAGGCCUACUAUGAAUAUGCGAUUUUGUGGCAUCUUUAUGCAAUGUUUUCAAUGAACUCCUGGUUAUGGAGUUCAGUUUUCCACAGCCGAGACGUGGACUUGACAGAGAAGCUGGAUUAUUCUUGUGCAGUCGCAUUAUUGGGUUACUCGCUUAUUUUGGCUAUACUAAGAAGUUUUAAUAUAAGGAUUGAAGCAACAAGGGUCAUGAUUUCUGCUCCAUUAAUUGCAUUUGUGACUACUCAUAUAAUGUUUCUCAACUUCUAUAAGAUGGAUUAUGGGUGGAACAUGAAAGUUUGUGUGGUCAUGGCAGUGGCUCAGCUUCUCAUUUGGGCAAUCUGGGCUGGUGUCAGCUGUCAUCCUUCUCGCUGGAAGUUGUGGUUCGUGGUGGUAGCAGGUGGCCUAGCAAUGCUGUUAGAAAUCUACGAUUUCCCUCCGUAUAAAGGAUUUUUAGACGCCCAUGCUCUUUGGCACGCCACAACCAUCCCUCUUACUUACAUCUGGUGGAGUUUCAUCAGAGACGAUGCCAAGUUCUGCACUUCUGCCCUCCUUAAAAAGGCAAAGUAGCCCGUCGACAAAUUGAUACGUAAACUUUCAUUACCAGUUCCUAUAAGUGACAAGAAAAAUCGAUAGUUCAUAGAAUCUGCAUAUUUGUAAUAGCUCAUUCCCCUGUUUUUUCUUUCCUUAGUUUCAAAGGGGUGUAUUGGUUAGCUUUGAUAUUUGGUUCGGACCGGUAUGAUCUUUUGCAUAGUUUCAAAGGGAUGUACUGGUUAGCUUUGUUUUUGUUCAUCAGAAUUCAGUGCUAAAAUUAGUAUGCAAAUGCUUAAAGGCGGCACAUCCUUUUUGAGUUA